GAUCAGUAUUCAAUUGUGUUCGCCGACGUCAAAUAUGGAGCUAAUUCCCGCCCUCGUCCUGCUUUUCGGCUGUGCGCUCAUUUCGGUUCCUGGACACGCCUCCGAUUUACCCUCGGGAAUCGAGAAGUGCGCCAUUACGGACGAGCAGUGCCUGGUGAACGGGGUGAACUAUGUGCUGAGGAACUAUGCCCAGAGCGGCAUCAAGCAGCUGGGCCUGAUCCCCCUGGAUCCGCUGCACAUCAAGAAGUUCAAGAUUGCCCGCAACCCCCACAGUCCGGUCAACAUUGACCUCAGCUUCCACGAAGUGGACCUCUUGGGUCUCCAGCAGGCGGUUGCGAAGCGAGUGAGCGGAUUCAAGAGCGACCUCGGCCAUCCCAUUGAACUGGUCAUGAGUGUGCCCGAGAUUGUAGUCAAAGGACCCUACUCCGUUGAUGGCAGAGUCCUCAUUCUGCCAAUUACAGGCAAGGGCAACGCCGAGAUCAAAUUGAGUAAGUAUCGCCUUCUAUUUCGCUUCAUAAUGCAACUUAAUCUUAAUAGCAUAUAUAACAUAAAUCCCACAGUGAAAACCAAAGUGCGAGCUCUGAUCAAAUUCCGGCGAGUGUCGAAGGGCGAUCACCAAACUUUCGCCGAGGUGGUUGACAUUAAGGUCGACAUUGAUCCCGCCCAUGUCACCUACCACCUGGAGAACCUCUUCAACGGCCAGAAGGACCUGAGUGAGAACAUGCACGUGCUCAUCAACGAGAACUGGCAGGACAUCUUCACCGAACUGAAGCCGGGCAUCGGGGAGGCCUUCGCUCUGAUAGCCAAGGCAGUGCUGGACAGGAUCUUCGGCAAACUGCCGCUGGAGCAGCUCUUCCUUGCCUAAGCCCCUUAGUACA